GGUGGCUCCACUGGAGGAAAGCACACCCAGGUCUCACAUUAAAGAAGCCAAACUGUCUGCUUCAAAGAGAAAAGGCAACAUCCUGUCACAGGCCAUGCUCUGGCAAAAACCCACUGCUCCAGAGCAAACUCCGGCCCCGCCUCGGCCCUACCAGGGCGUCCGUGUGAAGGAGCCUGUGAAGGAAUUGCUGAGGAGGAAGCGCGGCCAUGCCAGCAGCGGGGCGCCAGUCACACCAACAGCGGUGGUGCUGCCUCACCAGCCCCUGGCAACCUACACCACAGUGGGUCCUUCCUGCCUUGACAUGGAGGUGUCUGCUUCCACUGUGACAGAGGAGGGGGCCCUGUGUGCUGGCUGGCUCUCUCAGCCUGCCCCAGCCACCCUCCAGCCCCUGGCACCAUGGACGCCCUACACUGAGUAUGUGUCCCAUGAGGCCGUCAAUUGCCCUUACUCAACUGACAUGUACGUGCAGCCCGUGUGCCCCAGCUACACGGUGGUGGGACCCUCCUCGGUGCUGACCUAUGCCUCUCCACCACUCAUUACUAAUGUUACGACCAGAAGUGCCAGCACGCCCACGGGAGGCCCCCAGCUGGAGGCCCCAGAACACCAGGCACCCCUUACCUAUUUCCCGUGGCCUCAACCCCUUUCCACGCUGCCCACCUCCACCCUACAGUACCAGCCUCCGGCUCCAGCCCUGCCUGGUCCUCAGUUUGUCCAGCUGCCCAUCUCCAUCCCAGAGCCGGUGCUUCAGGACAUGGAAGACCCUAGGAGAGCCAUGAAUUCACUGACCAUCGACAAGCUGCUUUUGGAAGAAGAAGAUAAUGACAGCUACGUGCUCAACCACACGCUCUCUGUGGAAGGCUUUUAGAGCUGGAUCUCCACUGGGAGUCCUAUUACCCUUGGUUAGGAGUUCCAGAAUAGCCUGGGCUUGAGCCCCAGACUCACAUCUGGAGUAGCCAUGUUGUAACUACACUUUUUGCUGAAGCAAUUAAAUUGUAGACCUUCCCUUCUGCCUCCUUCUCUUUUUUAUUUUUCUGUUCUAUUCCUUUGGGGCAGGACAUUCUAGAGAUUUCAGAGUUUUGUUUUUUUGGUUUUGUUUUGUUUUGUUUUUUUACAAAUGUUGCUAAGUCUGUGGGUCUGUGGUUCAGGUACUUCCAUUUCUCCUUGAGGAGGGUCUCUUCUCUCCGGUGCUCACUGGUGACCCAUCUGUAAGCCAGUUCUACCCUCAGUCAUUCAGAGGUGAGAGGGGAGCACUGUGGUGAAGUCCAACCCUGCCAGCACCUCCUGAGAGAGGCAGCCAAGGAGGGCAGACCUGAUGCCAGAGUCCUUGAGUCAUUGGUUCGCACAGUCACUUGUUGUUCUAAAUGUUUGCCAGAUUUAUAACCUAGGCAGCAAAGUCUUGAGACUUAGGGACGAGUGUAGCAGUGGGUUGGGAGGGUUUCAAGGAAGAUCAGGAUGGGCAGGGGUGGGUCACCAGCGAGGUGGGCUAAGGAAGGCAGGGACAUGCACAGAUAUGUCUUUUGUUGCAGAUGAGGUUAUAGAGAUUAGCUGGGGCUUUAUGGGGAGAGGAAUGAGUUAGCUCCAGGUUACUUGAUUAUUAAAAGGAUAACAAGCUUAAGAAAAAUCUUGGUGUAAGAGAUAGCUUUACUGUUUUCAUAAGGACACAUAUGAGAUUACCUGGGCUGUGAUGAGCAGGAUGAAUGAUGGGCUUAGACAUUUCUAUCUCAAGUCCAUAUAUCUGGCUGUGCUGGGCAUGGGUCCAGACCCACUGAAGUUCAAUAGCGAUGAGCUCAGUGGCUGCUACGUGAGUUUAAUGUCUCAGAGUACCUACAAGCCACCAGUAUGUGAAGCCAAGGCCGCCUCCAUCCAAGCACCAUUCUUCCUGGGGGUCAUGCCAGGAUAACUGCCAUUUAAGUUCAGUCCAACUUAUAGUAGUUAUUUUUCUUUAAUGGAGACAUGUCAGAUUGGCAGGGGAGUGAGUGUGGCUGUUACUGUGUGCUCCUGGGCAUGCCGUGUUUGCCUGCUAAUAACUAUUCCCACUGUUAGGCAGACGGUGUCAUUGGUAGAAUUCACAUAGAAAUUAGGGACAUUUGUAGGAAAUGACAGUGUUCUGGACACAUUUACUUUGCCAUUUAAAAUUAAGACUUUUGAGGUAGGCAUUUAGUGCAGAGGUUAAGUCACUGCUUGGGAUAGUCACAUUCCAUGUAGGAGUGCUUGGCAUGAGACCUGGCUUGUCUCUUUCUAAUCCAGCUUCGUAUUAGGAGACGG